AUUCACACUUUUUCUGUCUGUGUAUUACAUUUACUUGGGGGCCAAUCACAACACUGCUUGAUGUUUGAGAUGCGCCAUGCAGUCUGACUAAUCUAUUGCAACCGCAACUACGGACCGAUAAGUGCAAUUGAUAAUUAUUCAUAACGAAUUCAAGUGGACUAGCCUCUGUGUCGCUUGACAGCUUCUAGAAACUUUGGAGGGACAUUUUUCUAAAUUGGUGGUGACACAAGACCACGGAACGCUUGCACGGGUUUUUGAGUAUUCUUGACCACUGCAGGCUAAUCAAAAUAUACAUGUAAUUUAUUUUACUGCCACCCUCUCUUAAAAAAAAACACGUGACAACUGCAAUCACUGCAUUCCUGCGAGUCCAGGUUUAGGAAUUGUCACACAUUUGCAAGUAUCGGCUACCUUGUUUCAGUCGAUCCUGGGACAAACGCGGUGUGGCUGGAUGUUGCAGGCGGUGGGUCAGUGAGCGCGAGGACCUCUACGAAGUCCCCAACUCCCGACCUAUCUUACCUGAUGCCGUGCAUGAUGAUUGUCCUUGGAAUACUUAUGAAUGUCCUCAGUCAUGGCAGCGUGCUGUCAGGCUCCAUAGACUGUCAGGAGGCUGAGCGAGGCUGUGUACAGGAUCAGGACUGUACGGCAGUGUACAGGGUGCUGGAGUACUGUGCUGCUGAGGAGGCCGUGUCGCCCCUGGGCCCAGACUCCCGGGGGGAGUGUCUGGAGGCCCAGAGCGCCCUGCAGCAGUACCGCCCCCUCCAGGCCUGCAAGUGCCAGCGCGGCUCCCGCCGGGAGGAGCUGUGCCUCAGGGUCUACUGGACCGUCAGAUUCGCUGUGUAUAAUGAGUACGAGGUGUCUCCGUAUGAAGAUCUGGAGGUGGAGUUUGUGAGGCACAUAGAGAUGUCACGCAUGGCCUCCAUCAUGGCAGCCUCCUCUUUUCCUCUGGAUGGGCAGAACCAGUGUCUGAAAGCAGCCCAGGACUGUGGUCUGUAUGAGAAGUGUGGUUCUCUGAGGUCGGAGUAUGUUGUAGCCUGCACCAAGCGGGCUCCGGGCUCCGACGGCAGCUGUAACAGACAGAAGUGCCACCGGGCACUGCGGCGCUUCCUGGAGCGGGUACCAGAGGAGUACAGCUUCGCCCUGCUAUUCUGUCCCUGCUCUGAUGCCCUCUGUGGGGAGCGCCGGCGGAAGACCAUCGUACCAUCGUGUUCCUAUGAGGAGAGAGACAGCAAACCCAACUGCCUCAGCCUGCAGGGCUACUGUGCCAGGGAUGAGCUGUGUAGAUCUCGUCUGGCUGAUUUCCAGCACAACUGCCAGCCCUCGUCACAUUCUCCCUCUGGCUGCAUGAGAGAGAGUGGAGCCGUCUGCCUUAAGGCCUACGCCGGGCUCAUAGGCACCAUCAUGACCCCCAACUAUGCCAACAAUCUCAGUAUGGACGUGUCCCAGUGGUGCACCUGUGAGGGAAGUGGGAACCAAUGGCAGGACUGUCUGCGCAUCAUGAACAUGUUCCACAGAAACGUCUGUCUGCGUAAUGCUAUCAGUUAUUUAGGUGGCUCUUCCCCUCGCCCUGUGGAGAGCACCACCCUGCCCCCUCGUCACCACGCAUCAGCCACCCCCUCUCCACACAUCUUUCAGGACAAGGACAAGAUCAAUGUCAACGUCAACAUUUUAUCAGAACGCAACAGUGUGGAGGACAGCGAGGAAGAGGAGGUAGAGGAGGAAAGCCAGGAAUUCAAUGUUAUCCCACUGUAUUCUGAGAAGGAGAAGUCUAGUGUGGGCUCCGGGACCCGAGGAGGCCGUAGAGGAGCGGCAAGCCAGACAGCACCCAUGCUGCCCCUGCUGCUGCUGCCUGCUGCUAUGCUGGGCUGGUGGUGUCCGGUAUAACGAGCCCCCCUACUACCCCUCUUACGAUCAGCUACAGUAUCACAUUCACUGGGUCACCUCCACCAUGGCACUGAGACUGAUGAGGAGACUUAAGGCUGAGGGAAGAACAACCACAAUGAGGAAAUGGACAUUCACACCUUUCUCCUAUGGCACUCUGUCUUCCAUUCAUUUCAUGCUUUCUGUUUUCCUUUGUUACUUUCCAUCAUUAUUUUUCUGCAAUCUCUAUCUCUCCUGCUCUGACUGCUCAUGGUCUUUAGUAGUCCUAGCUGCCCGUCUCUUAGCUCUUCUCUCUCACAUCAGUACACAUGGAGUUGAACAAGCUGUGCAGAUAAAUAAAUAAAUGGAUGAAUUAAUAAGGUCUGUCUGGAUGAAUCGAUGUGGCUGUCUGUCCAGUGCCUGCCUCAAGAUUGGGCAUCCAGCUCCACUCUCCCUCUUCAUGAGGAACCCACAUCGCCCAAGGCCAGUAACAACACCUAUCUCAAAGAAAACAUGACCAAUGAUUGGUGGAACCAUGAUAGUUCAUUCCUUUUGAUAUAUCUUGAUAUAUCUUCAUAUCUUCUCUCUCCAUUGUUAUCUUCCCUUAUUUCAUCAUGCUAUGCUCCCUUGGAUAGCAGGGUUGUUGGGUAAGCCACUUUGUCUAUGUUGUCUUUGCCAUAAGCCAAUAACUAAAGAAAAGAUAGAUUGAGGGAUGAUGUUGUUUUGUAGUUCUUCCUCCCAUCUCUAUGUUGCUCCCUUUGUUUGCUUCCUUCUUCAUCACUUCAGACUAGAUGCCACUGGCCCGUUGUUUCCCCUCUCUAGUUCAUACACCACUUAUUCUCCGCUUAGUUGAGGUCUGAAAAAUCCACCACAGGCACAAUGAGACAAAAUUCUAGUAAUGACAACGGUCGAGGAAAGCGGAAUAAGCAAUAAAACAUGAAAUCAGAUAGCUCAGCGGGCAGGUGCUGAGGCCGUCUGGGUUUGGGCUCAGGGGAGAGAGGAACCAAUUUACUGCUGUCUGAGGUUCACAAAUGCUUUCUGUCCCUAGGUGUUGUUAUAGUUUUGGAGAGACAAUAUCACACUUAGCCAUGCUUUUCCUGACUGUGUUUGAUCAGGGAGAAAGUGGGGAGAUGGGGUACUAUAGAGCCUCUGGCAACUCUGAUCAUUGAGCAUCACAUUGAGCCUUUCUCUCUCUCUCUCUCUCUGUCUCUGUCUCUGUCUCUCUGCCUGCCUGAUAAAUCUUUUGCUGAUGUCAAUGUUCUUUUCUUGCAUCACUCAUUUUCUUGUGAACUUGGAGAAUUAGCUCCCACCUGAGUGGAAGUAGGUAAAAUACUGUUGGUGAUGGUUAAAGGGGGACCUACUUUACUGUGGAAUUGUGAACGUGACGUUUAUUUAUCGACAUCUUUCCCUUCUUGAGGGAGAUGUUAGAUAAGACUCAUGUUCUCACAGAUAAUACAUGAUGCUUAAAAGAGAUAAAUAUUUACUGGGCAUAUCAGUGCUACAGAUGUCUCUGCCAGCAGCAUACCACCCUGCAUCCCACUGCUGGCAUGACUCUGAAGCUAAGCAGGGUUGGUCCUGGAUGGGAGACAAGAUACUGCUGGAAGAGGUGUUGAAGUACCAGUAAGGGGUGCUCUUCAUUCUAAGGAGAUCCCAUGGCUGUGAAGGGGACACUGCCCUGCAUAUGGUGCUGUCUUUUGGAUGGGUCUUUAAAACGUCCUGACUCUCUGUGGUCAAUAAAGAUCCCAUGGCACUUAUUGUAAGAGGAGGGGUGUGACCCUGGUCUCCUGGCUAAAUUCCCAAUGUCAUGCCAUCAAAUCAAAUUGUAUUUGUCACAUGUGACGAAUAUAACCUUACCGUGAAAUGCUUACUUACAAGCCCAUAACCAGCAAUGAAGUUUUAAUAAA